CCUCCUUGGUACAUUUCAAGGCGCGCAGCCUCUUCCAAACGCAGUAAUGGUUGGAGAACCCAUUACAAACAUGUCGUGUUUUUAUCGAAACCUUUAAUGGCAGGAUGAUAUGCUCGGGUUUCCCCGUAAGGUUACCCUUUAACUGACGGAAUAUAUGGAUUGGACCUCGUCGCCAGAACAGACCUGGAGCGAGUCUGAAAGGCUACUCACCGUGUCCCACUCUGAGGAGUCCUCAUCCAGGAGCACAGGUCACAUGACAGAUGUAUGUAGUGAUAAAACAGACAACUCUCCUCCUCUCCAACCUCACACUCUGAGAGAGUUUGAACAGCACCUCAAUGACCUGAAGAAGGAGAACUUCAGCCUCAAGCUCCGCAUUUACUUCCUGGAGGAAAGGAUCCAGCAGAAGUACGAGGACAGCAGCGACCAUGUCUACCGCACGAACAUCGAGUUGAAGGUAGAAGUGGAGAGCUUGAAGCAGGAGUUACAGGAGAAACAAGACCUUCUUGACAAGGCUCUGACGACAGCAGAGAGCCUGUCCAGUCACAAUGAGGCAGAGCUGCAGAGACGAAGUGAGGAGAGACAGCAGGAGAUCGACCAUAUGCGGGAGUUGCUGGAGACCAAGAUACAACUCCUGCAGGAGGAGGCCCAGCUAGCGCGAGGUGAGGCUGAGAGGAUGGCCUCCCUGACUGGUCGAGCUCCCAGCCCCUCUUGGAGGAUAUGGAGGACAGUCAAGAGGAGGAGAAUCUCCAGACCCAGUCUCACUACCCCGCAUCACACACCUACAGAGGUAGGGUGAUCGAGGAGCUGACCAGUGCGCUGCGCUGUAAGGAGGCUAUGAUCACUGAGCUGAGUGGACAGAAGAGUGUUCUGA